AUGGAAAAGUUUGGAAUCACUUAUUCAGGUGAACGCUUCGGUAUGCAUGUGUUUCGAGGAAGUCACCAGGGGUCUGAUUUGGCCGUGUUACCCGACGACUGCGUGGAGCAAAUGCUACGAUUGUUCCGCCAUCUCGAAUACUUGCCCAGAACCCAAGCACACCAACAUCUCCAAGAGGACACAGCCUUGCCUCUGUCAGAGUAUCUCACAUCACUGCAUAGUCCAUCCAAAGGCAAGUAUUUUGUGGACGAAAUCAGAUGGUGGAAUCCGAACAACUACAGCAGUUUCUUUGUAACCGAGCCCCCUUCCACAGUGACAGAAACCGAACAAGCUUUCGGGCUGUUGGAUCUGAAAGAUAAGGGUGCUAUCACAACCCAGACCAAGGAGAACCUCAUCUUUCUCGUCGCCGCUCUGCCACGAGAAACUCGACAGAAUCUCUCGUACACUCUCAAUGAAUUCGUGCUUCGAUGUUCGUUUAACAGCAAGGACUGCAAUAUGGAACGCGAUUUCAAGUUGCACAUCGAUCCUGAGUUCGGCAAUUGCUACACUUUCAACUUCAACGAUUCCGUCGAGCUAAAGAACAGCAGAGCAGGGCCUAUGUACGGUCAGUGA